CAGCUCCGUGGCGGUGAAAAUGACCACGGCGCGAUACCGCCCCACGUGGGAGCUGGCCGUGGACCCCCUGGUCUCGUGUAAGCUGUGCCUUGGAGAGUUCCCCCUGGAGCAGAUGACCACCAUCACACAGUGCCAAUGUGUCUUCUGUACACUGUGCCUGAAGCAGUACGUGGAGCUCCUGAUAAAAGAAGGCCUUGAAACUGCAAUUAGUUGUCCAGACUCUGCCUGCCCCAAAAGAGGACACCUUCAGGAAAAUGAGAUUGAGUGCAUGGUGGCCACAGAGAUGAUGCAGAGGUACAAGAAGCUUCAGUUCGAAAGGGAGGUGCUGCUGGACCCCUGCCGGACGUGGUGCCCCUCUUCCACAUGCCAGGCAGUAUGCCAGCUUAAGGAAACGGACUCUCCAGCUCUUCCCCAGUUGGUCCAGUGUGCUGUGUGUGCCCUCGAGUUCUGCUCAGCUUGUAAGGCCAACUGGCACCCGGGGCAGGCUUGUCAAGAGAACAACCUGCCCAUCACCUCCUUCCUACCAGGAGAAAACAGCUCUUUCUAUAAGAACGAAGAGGAUGACGCACCCAUCAAGCGCUGUCCAAAGUGUAAAGUUUACAUCGAGAGGGAUGAGGGCUGUGCACAGAUGAUGUGCAAGAACUGUAAACAUGCCUUCUGCUGGUACUGUUUGGAGUCCUUGGAUGAUGACUUUCUGCUGAUCCACUACGACAAAGGGCCCUGUCGAAACAAACUGGGCCACUCCAGGGCGUCCGUUAUCUGGCACAGAACACAGGUAGUGGGGAUCUUCGCCGGCUUCGGCCUACUCCUUCUAGUUGCCUCUCCAUUCCUCCUUUUGGCAACUCCCAUCGUCCUCUGCUGCAAGUGCAAGUGCAGCAAAGGCGACGACGACCCACUGCCAACCUAAACGCCACAAGAGUUCUACACGCUGAGCCAUUUCAAGGAUGGGCCAUGUUCUUUUGUCCCUUUUUCACCCCUUUCCAUUCUUGUCCUCCCUGCCGGCUUUGAGAGAGAGCUUCAUUUUUUUGGGCUGGGCUUGCAUCCGCCCUGGCCACUUCGGGAUCCAUCGCUCUGCAUGAGGAGGGUUUAAAAAAGAAGGAAAACAGAGGAAAAAAAGAACCCUUGAGACGUUCCUCUAAAGACAGGGGCAGGAUUGAAGGGAAGCAGAAGUCGGAUUGAUCAAAGGCCUACUAUGUGUUCGCCAGUAAGACGUUGGUUGUUUGGAUGUGAGAAGGAUGUUCCCCUCGCUGACGGCCCGCUGGGUCACUGCGAUGACGGGUUUUUUUUGCGGAGGGAAGGGAGAGUCAUGAAAAAGAGAAACGCUUUUCUCUUGUGUGGACGCUGUCAGGCAGGAGCCGCCUAAGGAAGACCUCUUACUUUGCCGUGUUUAGUUCUGUCAAAAGCUUUUUUCCUCCACCACCUCCACUCAGUGUAGCUCUGCAGAUUCAGUCAGCAGCAGAGAGUCGCACCAAGCAUGUUUGGUGUUCACUCUACGUGCACACAGGACGUGAUUUCUUGGUCAUGACUGCGACUGUGGCGGAGACGAGAGGCCGGUGCCGCUCUCGAGUCAAUGUACAGCAUGUCCUCUUGAUGAUGUCAAUGUUUUAUAAUCUUGCGCUUUUAAUAGAACAGUGCUCAGAGUCAUGUCUUUGUGUUGUACUUUAUAGUGUUUUUCCAACUGUUAGGCAGACAUAUUAAAGGGGAUUGCCACUGAAAUCAAUUUAUUUUCGUCACACAACGACAACAGCGACUGGUCUCAUUAACAUUCUAUGCCCACUUUUUUUCCCACUUUUUUUUUUGUCAUCAAUAUUUUCUCUGUUGAAUUGUAUUUGAGUCACCUCCAGGCAUUAUGAACUGAAUUAUUCACAUGCAUGUUUUUCAUUGAUAGAGUGGCAAUACCCUUUAAGUUUAGAGCAAUUUCAAGUUUAUCAAAGGACCUUGUAUCCGCAUGUUGUGGAAACAUUUUAAUAUUUAAUUAAAAAGAGAUGUCACUCCUGUAAUUCUCAGUCCCGAGGUGGUAUAUAUGGAAUAGCCAAAUAGCAAUGAAUAGCCUUAAUCACAGACUCACCAAAAUCAGGCAUUUUCCCUUGUGCAUUGAAAGAGUAAAGCAUCAAAUCCAAAUAAAUGCAGGGAAAGCAUGUUUAAAGGGACUUUUAAACAUGCUUAAACAAGCAUUGCAGACAGUCAGUGAAGCCCUUUAUCUAACAAUGAUGUCGUCCAUAUGCCACACUGUUUAUAGCCAUGGUUCAAAAGAAAAAAAAAAAGAAAAGAAAAUUAAGGUUGUAAAAUAAUACUCUUUAUGGCCCAUGGCCUGUAUUUUCAGAUCACUUUUCUGAUCUUGAACCGUAGAGUUGUUCAGGAUCAGUCCAACCACCAUCAUGAAUAUUCUAAGUGGAACUCAGAUCACAUCUUCCACUUUUUGAGACUUUUAACAAAUGUCUGCAAACUUGCAUACGUGAGUGGUCAGAGUGUUGUGGAUGUUUUGUUUUUGUGUGUAUUUAGACCUCCCAACAACAAGCAGCUAUUCCUUGCAGGGACGUCAAAAAGCCUAAAGAGUACAUAUAAAAGAAUGUUAAGUUUUUGGGCUCAGAAACACUAAGCUGCUCUAUAUCACUUUAUCUAUGCAAGUUUGUACAUUGUCAUAUAUCAUAGAAGGUCAUAAUUAACUGUAUGUCAUGGGAAAGAGUAAAUAGAGCUGGAGAAUGUGAAAAUAUAUGUUUAUAUUAUGGCUUUAAAGGUAGAAUUUGGCCUUGUUUUCUUUACUUUAGGGUCUAAAUGAUUGAUGUUUUUAAACCUGAAAAUGUCCAGUCCAGAGGUAGAGCAAUCCAUCAAACUGCUUUAAUGUUUCACAGGGACAGUUUUACUCAUCUUCAGUUCUCAAACUAAUAGAACUUUGAAUUAAAAACGACAGGUGGAGCAGCAAAUAUAAUUUGUCAGUUAAGAAUUUCCUUAAACGGAUUCUGCUGUAAAUUGGUUAAAUCACCAUAGUAACUAAAAGCCAUGGGAACCUGCAGUCAGCUGGUUUUUAUGACUGGCCUUGAUUUAUGCGUCUUUUUUUUUGUGUUUUUUAUAGAACAACAUUGCUGCUUUCAAUGACACUCUUCUUAAGGUGCGCAUUUUAUGUUUAAACUGAAAUUUUUUCAGGUGAAAAGACUGAAUGGAGGUUACAUUUCACUCUUGUCAAAGACAUGUAAUGCACAUUACUUGAAUUGUACAUCUAUAAAUGUAGCAUCUAUUACUGUAGCAGCCAGAUUCCAGAGCUGUUCCAUUCUCUAGACAUUCAAGCUUAUUACAAUACAUACCACAUACCAACAUACACAGCGAUGGCCUACGGAUGAGAGGGUUUACGAUAACACAAUCAAAGCAUAGACAUUUGAAAUGUGAUAAGUGAUACCAGUCAGGGUUUCCUUGACGAGCUCUAAUGUGCAGGUUUUAUGCGAGAAAUAUUCAUCAGGUGCUGAAAAAACAAAACUCAGCCUAGUGUUCUGCACUUUUUAUCCUCAUUGUGCAAACAGGGAUGUUUUUGUCAUUUCACACUCGGCAUACCUGUAAUUGCCCAUUACGUCCUCUUGCCUGAAGGAGUGAAUACAUCAUUCACAAAAGCUAUGUGGAGGAACAGGCAGAAGAUCUGUCCUAUUACCAAGCUUUAGACACGGGGUUGUCUCAGUGCUGGGCUGGAAAUAGUCCUCCAAGAGUCUCACAAUAAAUACAUGUAGUGUGAAGGAGGGCUUUGAGAGCUGUUUGACUUUCACCCGCAUUUUAACAGUUGUCUUCCUGCAACAAAUGACCUCCUACUAGGUUUGUGUGGGACUUCUCUUACAAGUAAGGCAAAGGUUAGUAUCUGUGGACACCCAGUUAAAAAUCCCGAUCUGUCAGAGUCAGAGACAAAUGCACCAUUUUUUUUUUACUCUAAAUCAUUUGGACCUUAAAUGAUGGAAAAUUGGGCCAAGGUUUAAGAAUAUAUUGUUUUUCCUUUAAUUCAUUCCAGUAACUUUGAAAAUGCUCAUUUAAUUUAAACUCCAUCAUAUACAGUUUAUUGUGGUUUCUUGUAAUUUCCUCUGUCCUUUGAACGGUAACAAGAAUAUUUUGGAUCGUCAGCUUUUUUUUUUCCCUCGGAAAUGUUGUUUGUGUUUAAAACAAUUUUACAAAGUCCCUUGAGUCAGAAAAAGAUAAACAGCAAAGUAAUCAUUUCUGUGAGUUCCGCUGUGAAAGGCUUGUUUUGGCACCGUGACAUCAUUUGUGAUUAAACUGGUCGCAGCUUCGCUGUUCCAGUAUUUGAAGAAAAAUAGCUACUUCCUCCUGCCUUUCCUGGUGCAAUGCACUGGUGUUUGUGCUGAAUUCCAUGAAAAGCAUGGCAACAAUUGCUAAUAGUGGUGGUCAGCGCUUAAUGGGUAGCUAAUCUAAGUUAAACAGUAGCUAAUCAUCUGCAACUCCCACCAGUCUUUGUACAUUAAUUCAGCAUAGUCAGCAUUAGUGGUAGCCUUAAAUCUUGAGUACUUUUAAGUGUAGCUAUACAUAUGUAUAUAUACAGUAUGUGUAUAUAUAUAUAUAUAUGUGUGUGUAUAUAUACAGUAUAUACACAUAUUCAAUUAAUUUUUUUAGCAUUGAUGUUAAUUUCUAUCCCUAGAAGUUUCUUUCCCCCUCAAAGCUUUCAUUGUUUUUUAUGACAAUCGUGCCAAGCAGAUCUCCUGAAAAGGACAGAGACUCUCAGCUGUCAAAAGUAUGUGCAUUCAGUUUUCUACAGUGGAAAAUGUUGCUAC